AUUAUUGAAGUACGCACACACACACACACACUUCUGUCCCACCCACUUCUUCAAAGUUAUCUAGGCUACGCCACUGAGAAAGACCCAUUUCUGAACGCUGUGAAGCAAAGCUGACUUCUGUCUUAUUUAUCGGUCAGUUUGAGAUUGAGAAACCAGGAUGUCCCAAACUGUCAUACCCAUGAACACUUCAACACUCGUCAUUCAGCUGCAACCAGCAACACAACCAGCUCCUGGGACGACGGGAGUUUCACCUCUUCAAGGACUUCAGGCAUUUCUGAAAGGACAACCAAAAGCCCUUGGGACAGUCCAGAUAAUGAUCGGUGUGAUGACUCUCCUGUUUGGCAUUGUGUUUAAAGUUUAUGCAGAAGCCAUCUUUGUCUAUACUGGUGUUACUUACUGGGGUUCAUUCAUAUACAUUGCUGCAGGCUCACUCUGCAUUGCUGCAGAAAACAAAAUUAAUUCACCCUCCAGUUUGUGUUUGGUGAAUGCUUCACUGGGAAUGAAUGUUUUCAGUACGAUAACUGCAGGCAUUGUCAUUACUUUACUUUCACUAGAUUUUGUUAUAUGGCCAUACCCUAACUGCAGAGAGUCUUCCUGUUAUUUAGAGGAACAGUAUGAUACUCUCUUCAGGGGAAUCAGAGGUGUAUUAAUAUUAUUUGCCGUGCUCGAGUUUAUAAUCUCCAUCUGUCUGUCAGCAUUUGCCUGUAAAGCCAGCGCCUACAGUUCUACUUCUCUGGUGCAGUUUGCGCAGGUUUUAUCACCACAGUCCUCUGAUUUCACGCGUUUACAUGAUGUUAACAGCUAAGAGAUACCUGUAGCCAGCAGCUCCUCCAUUCAUCACCAGCCUGCAGACACCCCUCCACAAUACAGUGAAUCCAAAUAAAUAUGAAUGAGUAGGCUGUUACCAUAUGAAACCAAAAUGUAUGGGAAUGUAUUAUAGCAGUGGUUCCCAAACCUGUCCUGGAGGACCCCCUGCCCUGAACCUUUUGUAUGUCUCCUUCAUCUAACACACCUGAUUCCACUCAUCAGUUCGUUAACAGAGACUGCGAAAACUAAAUUGGGUGUGUCUGAUUAGGGAGACAUACAAAUGUGAAGU